CUUCCGACCUCCUACUGCCUCUCUAGCUCUCCAGCGGCUGCUCUCGAUGGUGCUCUGCUCCGCGCCGGCCGCUCUAACCACCACAGGCGUUCACUCGGUGGCUUCCGGCUGAUUUUGGUCUGGAUCCAGCUCUGGCAUUCCCUGACGGGCUCUGCACGUGGGCACGGCGUGGGCUCCGGCGACCGUGCUUCCACCGGCAUGUUCGAGGAACCCGAAUGGGUCGAGGCGGCCCCAGCAGCCUUGGGCCUCCGUCCCGCGACAACACAGACUCGGGCAGUGACUGCCCCACCGGUCAAGGGCCGCAAGCGCCGCCACCUCUUGGCCACAUUACGGGCCCUGGAAGCAGCAUCUCUUUCCCAGAAAUCCCCCAGCCCACCUGGCAGUGAUUCUGAGGAGGAGGUAGGAAGGAAGAACAAAUACCUCCAAAGGCCCUCACUUGCCAAUGCCUCGAAGGAAGUAGGGGAGAAAAGAAAAAGGAAAUGUCAAAAACAGUCGCCAUCUAUCAGUGACUCUGAGAGCAAGGAAUUAGAAAGGAAAUGCUGCAGACAAACUCUUGGUGGGAUCUCUGCUGGAGAAGAAAAAGGAAAGAGGAAAUGCCAGAAAUAUUCUCAUUCACUCUCAACCCAGCACCUGGACAGUGUUGAUGAAACAGUUCACAGUUCAAGGACAAGUACUGCUACAAUUGACCCACCCAAGCCAAGCCCUGGGUCCACAUCCUGUAACUCCUCGCAUACCCUGAGCCGCAAACAGUGGCGGAACCGGCAGAAGAAUAAGAGGAGACACAAAAACAAAUUUCGGCCACUUCAGACACCAGACCAGGCUCCUCCCAAGGCCUCCACAGAGGAGACUGAGGUGCCUCCGGCCCCUAAGUCAGACAGUCAACAGACUAGAGCUGGAGCCCUACGAGCACGCAUGACACAACGGCUGGAUGGGGCCCGAUUUCGAUACCUUAAUGAACAGUUGUACUCAGGGCCCAGCAGUGCUGCCCAACGCCUCUUCCAGGAAGACCCUGAGGCUUUUCUCCUCUAUCACCGUGGCUUUCAGAAACAAGUGAAGAAAUGGCCACUGCACCCAGUGGACCGUAUUGUCAAAGAUCUCCGCCAGAAGCCUGCAUCCUUGGUGGUAGCUGACUUUGGCUGUGGAGAUUGCCGCCUAGCUUCAAGUGUUCGGAACCCUGUGCAUUGUUUUGACUUGGCCUCUCUGGACCCCAGGGUCACUGUAUGUGACAUGGCCCAAGUGCCUCUGGAGAAUGAAUCUGUGGAUGUGGCUGUGUUUUGCCUUUCACUAAUGGGAACUAACAUCAGGGACUUCCUUGAGGAAGCAAAUCGAGUGCUGAAGCCAGGGGGUCUGCUCAAAGUAGCUGAAGUCAGCAGCCGCUUUGAGGAUAUUCGGACGUUUUUGGGGGCUGUGACCAAACUUGGCUUUAAGGUCAUCUACAAGGACCUGACCAACAGCCAUUUCUUCUUGUUUGACUUUGAAAAGACUGGGCCUCCUCGAGUAGGACCCAAAGCCCAACUUUCAGGCCUGAAGCUUCAGCCCUGUCUCUACAAGCGCAGGUAACCAAUGGACACCUGCCAAAAGGGGAAGGCUCAAACUCCAAACUCAGAACUCUGAAGACUGUACCUACCCAAUCUUUGAGCUAGGACCUGGUGCCACUCUCCUUCUGUACCAAGAACACUGGUAAAGCCUCCAGCUCAGCUCUGCUCUAAUGGAACCUUCUCAGCUACAAAAAGCAUGGAGUAACUUGGGCAGGCUCAAGAAUGAGGAGUUUAUUGUAAGGGCAUUGGUGUAUUCUGGGAAUUGUGGGUCACUUCAGGCAUCAUGUAAACUAGUUGGCUUGGAAGUGAUAGAUCUCUGGGUUUGGUUUCUCGUCAGAAGGUGCCUGGACACUACACUGUGCCGUCAGUCUUCUGACUGUGUUGUGUAGCCUCUGCUUCUUCAAAUUCAAGACUACAGACAGCUUUCGCCUCGUGGCAGGCCUUAAUGCUAGUGCCUACUGGAGCUGGGAGUGAUUUCUUUCUCUUUUGGAGCUGAGAAUCAUUUCAUUUCUUUCUUUCUGU